UCAUCUCCCACAUAUCAGAAACACAUAUCCACAACCAAUGGCAACGGAAACCGUAACCGACACUACCGUGCCAAAACGUGAGGAGACCCAGUCAACAGAGUUCGAGAAGAAUCGGAAACGGUACCAAGACCUAAUCAUCACGUUCCCUCAUGCAAAAGGCUGGAUGCCGAGAGAACCCCUGUUUGGGUACGGUGGUUAUUGGUGCGCACAGCCUUUCCUCGAAGGUUCCUUUUACGCGCAAGAGUUCUUCCAAGCAAGACCCGGUGACUUCCUCAUCUGUACCUACCCGAAGACAGGUACCACUUGGCUCAAAGCACUAGCAUUCACAAUCACCAAUCGAUCACGCUUCGACGAUUUCACGAACCCAGUCCUAAAGCUUAACCCUCACGAGCUUGUUCCUUUCAUUGAGUAUGAGUUCUCUUUCUUCCCUCAAGUUGAUGUUCUCAAAGACAAAGGGAACACUCUCUUUUCAACUCAUAUGCCAUAUGAGUUAUUACCUGAUUCGGUUGCGAAGUCGGGUUGUAAGAUGCUUUACAUCUGGAGAGACCCAAAGGACACUUUCAUCUCCUUGUGGCAUUUCUUACAAAAGAGAAGGUCAGAAAAGGGCCCGCUCAAUAGUCUCGAGGAGUGUUUUGAUAUGUUCUGUCAAGGUUUUUCUGUGAACGGUCCUUAUCUUGAUCAUGCCUUGGCAUAUUGGAAAGCUCACCAAGAGAAUCCGAAUCAGAUUUUGUUCCUUAACUACGAGACUUUGAGUGCUGAUCCUUUGCCUUACGUGAAGAUAUUGGCUGAGUUCAUGGGUUAUGGAUUCACAGUUGAGGAAGAGAAGAAUGGGGUUGUUGAGAAAGUUGUGAAUCUUUGCAGCUUUGAGACAAUGAAGAAUCUUGAAGCUAACAAAGGAGAUAAGGAGAGAGAAGAUCAUCCUUCUCCUUAUACAAACAGCGCAUUUUUCAGGAAAGGAAAGACCGGAGAUUGGGAAAAUUAUCUGACACCAGACAUGGCAGCUCGCAUGGAUGAGUUAGCGCAAGAAAAGUUCAAGGGUACUGGUUUGCUUGAAAAUGGUAAAUGAGCUAGUUCUUGUUCGCCGGAAAUGACUGAUCCUUGUACGUUUGGUCCUAUUUUCACGUUUAUUCUAUCUGAUGAAUAAUCUUUUUUUUUUUGCUAAAAGAACGAGUUUAAAAUUAAAAAAAAAAGGAGCUGGCUUUGCAUGAUAUGGUACAUAUUAGAAUAUCCUUUUUCAAAAAAAAAAAAUGAUAUGGUACAUGAAUGUCAGAAUGUGUUGUGGCUAUAGAAAAAAGGGAUUGGCUUUGCAUGCAGAAAACGGCUGCAUCAUGCAUAAUAUAUUGUU